AUGCCUACAAGCGAACUCGGCGAUCCAGCUCAUCGGAAAAUCGAUAUUGAGGCUCAUAUGCCCGGAGAGGGCAUAUUCGGUGAGAUAUCGAGCACGUCGAAUUGUACAGAUUAUCAGGCGGUUCGAUUGAAUAUACGUUGGAGGGAAGGCUCUGAACCAGAUGAAUAUCCCUACGCUUAUACUUUGAAUGGCACUGCUUGUGCUGUUACCCGAAUCCUUAAAGCUCUUGUGGAAACUCAUCAAAAUCCCGAUGGAAGUAUUGAAUUGCCUCCAAUUCUCUGGCCGUAUAUGAACGGAGUCAAGAAGUUGGAACCCAGCGAGAUACCUGUGGUGGUUUCGUGA